CCCCCGCCCCCUCCUACUCUUACUCCAGCACGCCGUCGGAUCUUUUCGCCUCUUUCUUGCCCUUCCCCCCCUCGCCUCUCUGAAGCAUGCUUGCCCGGAGCGCCCUCCUGCCUGGCCGGCUCCCCCUGGCGGGUGGCCGGAUCGCGGUGGCCCCCCUCCGCCUGUUCGCCACCGCCACCACGUCUGACGUGCCGCCCGCGACGGCGACGGCGGCGGCGGUUGGCGAGGCUGCCGCCGGCCCGGAGGCCGAGGCUGCGACCACCCCCGGGGCGACGGCGGCACCCACCGCCCCGCCGCCGGAUAGCAUGACCCGGCGUGCGGCGGCCCUGCACAUGUACCCGCCGCGGGUGGCCGGCAUCCGGCUGGAGCCGCGGCCGGCCGAGAUCACCCCGAGCAUGAUGAAGCCGAUCCCCCCGUCGGCGUUCGUGUCGCCGGUGGACGCGGAGAAGCUGGCCGCCGCGUCCAAGACCGACCCCUCCCACCUGCCGGACUUCCGGCCGGAUGGGAUCCUGCUUCCCUCGCACUCGGUGGUGCGCAUGCCCCGGUGGAUGCGGCAGAUGUUUGUCACCAACUCCAAGGAGGAGGUGGUGGAGAUCUACCGGGAACAUUUGCGCAAUCCGAUGACCUUCCGCAGGGUCAUCCUCAUCAUCUUCCUCGGGCUGUAUAUUGGGCGCUAUCGGUCGCGCCAGCGCGAGAUCAAGGUGGCCGAGCUCGCGCUACUCGAGAUGAUCGAUGCACAGAAGAACCUGGACCGCGUGGAGCAGGAACUGGCCGAGGCGGAGCGCAGCGCGGGGCAUGCCCUGGAGGCUGGGCCUGCCCUGGUGUAGGCCCUUCUCUCUGGGACCUGCUCCUCGGUCGUCCAGCGCGCUUGGCAUAUGGCAGCGCGGCCGAAACACCCGGGCCCGGAGAGACGGGGGCACGCCGCCGGACUCGCACGCGCGACACAGCGGGCUGCGCCUCUCGGGACGUGCCUUCCUUCUUCUUUUUUUUUUCUCACCCCCCAUCAAUACACCCUCCUAGACUC